ACCUAGAGGAUUUAAAGCAGUCUGUGGUAUGAAUUUUCACUGUCAGUUCUGUCUGUUCCUUGCUGCGUGACCAGUCGUCUAUGCUGCAUUAGACUUGGUUAGGAGCGUCAGAAUUUAAAAUUGCCAGUGUCGCUUCCCAAACGACAUGAAGUUAUUUUUUGCUUUAGCAGUCUGCCUGCAACUGUUUACAUCUUGGACUACAGCGUUAGACAGUUAUGUUGCAGUACCAUGCAAUGGUCAGGGAGUGCUAGCUUUGGCAGAACUGACAGUUGAUCACAUCAAUAAAGAACGGAAGCAUGGAUACAAGUUUAGCCUGGACAGAAUAGAAAAUGCACAGGAAAUGAAGAAGGCAAAUGGGACUACUAUCCAUUAUUUGGAAAUUGAUAUUCGAGAGACAAAGUGCCACGUGCUGAACCCAAAAGCACUCAAUAAUUGUGAAAUCCGACCGUUCAGGGAAACUAAAGGAGAAGGGGAUUGUAAGGUGCUCAUUGAGACCAAAUCUGGAGGACCCAGUCAUGUGGCAGGCUACAAGUGUGAAAUAUCUUCAGAUUCAGCGCAUGAUGUUGCUGAAAAAUGUCCUGACUGUGCACACCUAAUACUUACAAAUAGCACUGAAGUUGUACAUGCUGUGGAGGUCUCACUUAAAAAAUUCAAUCAAGAAAGCAACCACGUACACAGAUUUAUUCUUCAUGAAGUAACACGCUCUUCCUCAAAGGGCCUGGGAACUCCGGUGUUGGUGGAAUAUGUCAUUCGGGAGACACCCUGUCGGAAGGACAGUGAUAUAUGUCCACUGAUUGCGCUUAUAAAUCCUACAUAUGGAUUCUGUGUAUCCACUGUCACUCCUGGCAAUUCCACUGCAGAAACCAUUGUGGAAGAUUGUGAGCUCUUCGGCACAAAGGCACCAGAAGGGGAAGGUGAUGCUGGACCUGUGGUAAAACAGGAAGGAGGUACCGAGGCUUUACCAGACGCUGGUCCUGAUGCUCAUGAAGCAGAAGGCCAUGUUUCUCCAGCUCCAGAUAAAGCAAAUGUUUCUGCAGAUGUAGAAGAAUCUGACAGUGUGCCGAAACGGAAACGAUCUACCCACGACUCUUCAGAAUCCUCUGAAGAACAAGUUGCCGGCACUGUGGCACAAGCUAUUCACUUCCCUGACCUACCUGAAGAUCCAACAACGUGCCCAACAAAACACAAGUACCCUGAGGAUCAGUUGUCAUACAACAUGAGUCCGUUUAUUGCUUUGCUGGUCAGCACUCAAUUCUUCCAGCUCUCCCAUGCAGCCUCUUACAGAGCCCUUUCCUGCAAUGAGGCAAGGGUAGUGAAAGCAGCAGAUCUAGCUGUGGAACACAUCAAUGCUGACCAGCCAGGAGGAUACAAGUACACACUAAACAAAAUUGAAAAUGCCCAGGAAGUCAGAGGGAAGCAAGGUGUAUCCUCUGCUUAUUUAGAGUUUGAGGUAUUGGAGACUACAUGCUACUCACUGAACCCAAAACCUGUGGCAGAAUGUGAAGUACGAUCAGGAUCUGAGGCGAUUUCUGGCGACUGUAAAGUCCAAUUACAAAUCAACCCAACAACACGACUUGUUCGGAUUCACAGAUACCGAUGUUUAAUAUCACCAGACUCAGAUGACAUGGUUUUGAGCAGAUGCCCAAGUUGCCCACAUCGCAUACCAUUAAACCAUUCGGAUGUCAAUCCAGCUGUCAUGAUGGCAUUGCAAAAAUAUAACAGAAACAGCAACACAACAAAUUAUUUUGUAGUCCAGAAAAUAACAAGAGCAGCCUCUCAGGCUUUGGCUGGGAAGAAAGUAUUUGUUGAAUUUACAAUCCAAGAAACUGCAUGUUCUAAAGCUUCCAAGCUUCAAGAUUGUCCAAGGGGUAGAGGAGAACUUGCUUCUGGCAGCAAAGGCUUCUGCACAGCCUCUGUGUAUAAACCUAUUUCUGGGAAGGAGACAGUCGAAGUGAAUUGUGAGCUCUACAGACCAAGGGUGGUGAUCAGUCCAGCUAAAGUUGUGGGAGCAGGUGCUAUUAAACAAAGAAACAGUAAAAGAACAGGACAACGAAAUAAGAGACAAUCCAAUCCUGAGCAACAACAUCGCAUUAAACAGCUGAAACCACAAAGUGGAACUCCUAAGAGAGUUGAAUCCUCUGAGGAAGUGCAAGGUGCACUUGGUUUUGUUAUUGGCACAGAACGUGGAACAAACUUUCCGAUGCUGCCUGCACCUCGAAAUACUUGUCCUGGGAGGGCCAGGCACUUUGGAGGAACUGUUCGCCUUAUCUGA